AUGGGCAGGAGAAAGGGAGCAUCCGCUUGGAAGAAUGCGGAGCCCAGGCAGAACAGGACCAACGGUCCCCGCUGGAACGACAUCACCCCCGACAAGAUGGUCAACGAGCAGUUCGAGGAGUACUACAAGAAGAUUGUUCCCGAGGACGAGUGGGACCAGUUCAUGGACACGCUCAAGGUCGAGCUCCCGACGACGUUCCGCGUGACCGGUUCGCGCGCGCACGCCGACGUUAUCAACAACCAGAUCAAGGACCUGUACGUCCCGACGAUGCAGAAUGUCGAGCUCGACGGCGUCAAGUACGACCCGCCCAAGCCGAUCCCGUGGUACCCCGAGCAGCUCGCGUGGGAGAUUGCCGCGCCGAAGCGUGUUGUGCGCAAGAGCGAGCCGUUCAAGCAGUUCCAGCGCUUCCUCGUCGGCGAGACCGAGGUCGGCAACCUGUCCCGCCAGGAGGCCGUGUCCAUGAUCCCGCCCCUGCUCAUGGACGUCGAGCCGCACCACGUGUGUCUCGACAUGUGCGCGGCCCCCGGCAGCAAGACGGCGCAGAUCAUCGAGGCGCUCAACCCGCACCACACCGAGAGCACGGGCAUGCUGAUCGCCAACGAUGCCGACUACAAGCGCACGCACAUGCUCGUGCACCAGACGGGCCGCAUGCCCUCCAAGGGCCUCAUUGUUGUCAACAAUGACGCGACGCAGUUCCCGAACAUCUCCCUCGGCCCCGGCGCCGGCAACAUCAAGUACGACCGCAUCCUCGCCGACGUCCCGUGCUCGGGGGACGGCACGAUGCGCAAGAACCUCGAGAUCUGGAAGAAGUGGGCGCCGUUUGACGGCAACUCGCUGCACACGGUGCAGCUGCGCAUCCUCGAGCGCGCCAUGAACAUGCUCAAGCCCGGCGGCCGCCUCGUGUACUCGACGUGCUCGUUCAACCCGUCCGAGAACGAGGCCGUCGUCGCGGCCGCGCUCAACACGCACCCCGACUUUGAGAUUGUCGACGUCGCCGACAAGCUCCCCGAGCUCAAGCGCCGCCCCGGCAUCCACGAAUGGAAGGUCGCGACCCGCGACAAGGACGAGAACAUCAAGUGGCACGAGUCGCACGAGGCGUACGAGGCGUACCGCGCCGAGUCGGGCUCGGAGCGCGACAACAAGAGCCCCCUCCCCGCCUCGUGCUGGGCGCCCGCCAACGCCGCCGAGCUGCACCUCGAGCGCGCCCUGCGUCUGCUGCCCCACGACCAGAACACGGGCGGCUUCUUUGUCUGCGUCCUCGAGAAGAAGGGCACGAGCGAGCCGACGGUCGUCCCCGCCUCGUCGCUCGUCAAGCGCGAGGUCAAGUCGAAGUUUGAGGAGAAGGAGGAGGAGGCUGUUGCCGUUCCGGCCAAGCGCGAGCUGUCUCCGUCUGCCGAGGAGAGCGAGGCGAAGAAGCUGAAGAGCGACGCGCCGCAGGAGCCGCAGGACAAGAAGGCGAAGCGGGACCUGGCGUUCCGCGAGGACCCGUUCGGGUUUGUGGACCCGUCGCACCCCGAGCUCGAGACGGUCAAGAAGUGGUUCGGGAUGACGCCCGACUUCCCUGCCGAGAACCUGCUCGUGCGCAACGAGUACGGCAACCCGCUGCGCACGAUCUACAUUGUCAACGACCUCGUCAAGGCGGUGAUCCUCAACAACGACUACACGCGGCUGCGCAUGAUCAGCGCGGGCGUCAAGGCGUUUAUCCGGCAGGACUCGCAGAGCCGCUCGGACAUUCAGUGCAAGUGGCGCGUGUCGAGCGACGGCAUCCUCGGCGUCGUGCGGUACGUGCCCGAGGACAAGAUUGUCAAGGCGGGCAUCCAGGAGCUCCGCACCUUCCUCGAGGAGAUGUACCCGCCCGUGGCCAAGUUUGAGGGCGCGUUCCGGGACACGUGCGAGGCGGCCGAGUUUGGCAACAUGCUCGUGCUCUUCGAGGCCGGCGAGGGCGCGGGCGGCAAGCUCAACCUGCCCCUGUACCUGCCGUGCUGGAAGGCGAAGAGCAGCAUGUCCCUCCUCAUCGACAAGCGCGAGAAGAGCGUCCUCUCCAACCGCGUCUUUGGCGAGGACAUCUGCAAGCCUCGAGACUCCCGCCAUGAGCACCGAGGCCACCCCCGCCCCCACCGACGAGGAGGCCGCCAUGAACGCCUAGACUAG